AUGAAGUUCACAGGAUUUUUGAAGGCGUACAACUGCGACCUAGAAUUCGCGGCUGCAUAUGCUGGUGAAAAGCGAAAAGACUUCGUAGAUUUCUGUCCAGACUGUGCGGUACUCCGUUUCCCGUUCAGAGCUCCUCAACACAGCGGCACAUCUGUGAAAACCAUUGUUCACACAGCCAUGAAUAGAUGGGGAUCAAGAUGGGAUUAUGUGAGGCACCUUGCUCUUUGA